AUGGUGUUGGUCGAUGCGCCAGAAGCCGAGCGAAUCGAGGCUUCCAUCAUGGCGGAGGAAGUCAUGGGUGGCGGUUCUGCUGCAAAUACGGCUGUGAUUGCCCGCAGAAUGGGGGCCUCCGUCGCUUAUCUCGGUAAAGUCGCAUCCGACGAUGCCGGUAUCGGAUACGCAAAUGAGCUGCGGAGUCAGGGCAUUAAUUACGCCUCUCAACCGGUCGAGGAUUCUCCCACCCCGACGGCGCGCUGCAUUAUUUUGGUGACGCCAGAUGGUCAGCGCACAAUGCAUACAUUUCUCGGUGUGAGCACGGAGUUUAGCGUGAAUGAUCUGGACACGGCUCUGAUCGCGUCAUCAUCGAUCGUUUAUAUGGAGGGCUAUCUUUUUGACAAGGCUCCCGCGCAGGAUGCCUUUGUCCAGGCCGCAUCCAUGGCCCAUGAAGCCGGCAGAAAAGUGGCGGUGACGCUUUCUGACGCAUUUUGUGUCAACCGGCAUCGUGACGCGUUUCUGGCUCUCAUUCGAGGGCAUAUCGAUAUCGUUUUCGCCAAUGAGGCGGAGAUCUGUGCGCUUUAUCAGACGUCUGAUUUUGAUCAUGCCAUCGCUCAGGUGGCGGAGGAUACAGCUUUGACGGUCGUGACACGCGCUGAAAACGGAGCCGUCAUUGUUGAGGGUAAGAAUGUGACCGUGGUCCCGACGGCUUCCGUCAAUGUGGUAGAUUCGACCGGGGCUGGCGAUGCCUUUGCGGGGGGCUUCCUCGCGCUGUACGCGCGCAACCAGCCGCUUGUUGCAUGCGCCAAGGCCGGAAACCAAGCCGCCUCAUCGGUGAUCACGCGUAUGGGGGCGCGUCCAGAUGCCUCCUUCCCCAAUUUUGCAAUGGCGGAAUGCUGA